GAGGGUAGGUAGGUUUGGGUUGUUGCUUCUUCUUUCUUCUUCGUCGUCGUAGUCUAUAUAUCUACGCUUUUACCCAACACCAUUUUCGCCCACCAAACUUUCUUCUUCUUCUUCAAUGGCGUCAUCUCUCUCGUCGAAGCCAUUUCUCGGAACUUCUCGUAAAGAAGGCUUUUCUGGUUUCGGUUUGGGAUCUCUCUCCUCCGAUCUCCGAACCCUCUCUUCCUCUUCUCUCCACUUCUCCACCGCCUCACCAACCCCCAAGAAGCUCCAGGUUAAGGCAGCUGGAAGUACUUUUGGAACUCAUUUUCGUGUUGCGACUUAUGGAGAAUCUCAUGGCGGUGGUGUUGGCUGCGUAAUUGAUGGAGUGCCUCCUAGGCUCCCCGUAUCAGAAGCUGACUUGCAAGUGGACCUUGAUAGAAGGAGGCCUGGCCAAAGUCGAAUUACUACCCCAAGGAAGGAGACUGACACAUGCAAAAUACUUUCUGGGGUUUAUGAAGGAAUGACUACUGGUACACCAAUCCAUGUAUUUGUACCUAAUACUGACCAAAGAGGACAUGAUUACAGCGAAAUGUCGAUAGCAUAUAGGCCUUCCCAUGCAGAUGCAACAUAUGACAUGAAGUAUGGUAUCAGAGCCGUGCAGGGUGGUGGUAGGUCUUCAGCAAGAGAGACCAUUGGAAGAGUUGCUGCUGGAGCAGUUGCCAAGACAAUUCUCAAGUUGUUUUCCAGAACAGAGGUUCUUGCUUAUGUUUCGCAAGUACACAAUGUUGUGCUUCCACUGGGGUUAGUUGAUCAUGACACCCUAACACUUGAACAGAUAGAGAGCAAUAUAGUGCGGUGCCCCAAUCCUGAAUAUGCAGAGAAGAUGAUUGCUGCUAUUGACACAAUCCGUGUUAGAGGGGAUUCAAUUGGGGGUGUUGUCACAUGCAUUGUGAGAAACUGUCCACGUGGGCUUGGCUCACCAGUUUUUGACAAGCUUGAAGCCGAGCUUUCUAAAGCUGUCAUGUCAUUACCUGCAACAAAGGGCUUUGAGUUUGGAAGUGGAUUCGCAGGCACUUUUUUGACUGGAAGUGAACAUAAUGAUGAGUUUUAUGUUGGUGAACAUGGUAGAAUCAGGACAAGGACAAAUCGCUCUGGUGGGAUACAGGGAGGAGUCUCAAACGGGGAAAUCAUAAACCUGAGAGUUGCUUUCAAGCCAACAGCUACAAUUGGUAAGAAGCAGCAUACAGUGACUAGAGACAAAAAGGAGACAGAACUCAUUACCCGUGGUCGCCAUGAUCCUUGUGUUGUCCCUAGAGCCGUGCCAAUGGUAGAGGCCAUGGUGGCUCUGGUGCUUGCGGACCAAUUAAUGGCACAACAUGCACAAUGCAAUCUGUUUCCUUUAAAUCAAGACGUACAGGAGCCCCUGGACUUGCUAAAGUUUGUGGAAGCUGAUGAAGCCACUUUAUCUCUUUAAAAGUUGCCGAAAACUGCUGUAGAAUUUUAUUCUGAAACAGGAGGCGGCUUUUUUUUUUUUUUUAUAUUAUUAUUAUUAUUAUCUACACAAUUCAUAUAUGAGAUGACAAGUCCAAUAGUUCAUCUCGUCUCUUUUUUUGCCAACCGUGGAUUUCUGCAAGAAGUGAGUUACGCUUAUGUUUUAUGUGCUUACUAAUAGUUCACCAUCUUCUUCUCCUUUUUUUUUAUUAUAGUUUUGCCUGAGACGUUCAACAAUCGUUUCUACUUGGAUGUAAUAAGUCACGUAUCAUCAUUAAUAAAUGAAUUAUUUGUAGCCA